GAUCUGUAUUAAAAUCAAGUGUGAUGUCAUCAGUUUGGUGUCAUGAAAUUACCAGUCUGAUGUCAUUAACUACUUUGAUGUCAUCCAUAACCAGAAUGAUGUCAUAGCCAGAAUGAUGUCAUAGCUAGAUUUAUGUUAUAACUAGUAUAAUAUCACAUCUAUGUUGUCAUAAUUGGUUUAUCUUCUUAUAAAGAAGUUUAUUUUAAGAAAAAGAAUAUUUGGUGGUAAAAAUACUGUACACUUUUAAAAUUAUUUUCUUUGUCUCCUCUCCCACCCCCUGUCCAACCACUACAUUCAAUUUUGAUAAAAUAAGUCAAUCAAGCAGAUUUAAGUAAUGAUUAAGCAAUAAUUUUCCAUAGAAUUUUAAAUAUGAAAAAAAUUUAAAUUAAUGUUUAUUUUUUGUGAACUGUGAAUUGUGAAUGUUGUACAGUAAAUUCAUACCUGGAAUCUAAAUGGACUUUUGAAUUGUUUGUAUUAUGUUGCUAUCUUUGGUAUGUCUACUGGAUGAAUGCUAAUGUUUACUUAAAUGUCAUUUAAAUGAAAUCACAGUCCAACAUUGCCACAGAUAAUUCAAAGUUGAACAUUAAUAAUCAUUUUUGGAUAUUCAUCUAAACUGAUGGCUGACAGAAAUGUUUGCAUUGUAUCUUGAAAUUUGGUGCUACUAAAAGGAAGAAUUCUCAACAUUAUCAUAUUAGCUUGAGAAUUAUUAAAGACUUUCGGUGCAAGUAUUGAAGCACCUAUAAUUAAAGGACUAUCUCUUUAGCUGUAUGAAUGUUUGGUCUGUCUAUCUUGAUAGGAUAAUGGCUGAACCAAUCAAUGAAUAGAGAUUCCAUUACCAUUGAUUCAGGUAUGUAGGUAAUGGGCUUGAAGUAUAUUAUUCUCAUAUUGAGAUUUUUAUGGCCUUUGGAAAUUGAUAAUUUUGAAGUAUAGAAUUGUUGUGGAUUGAUUGUGCCAAAUGGUUGAAAUGCAACGUUCAAGUCCCAGCCUGCAAGAUGGUUCUCUUACCGUUCCAGAAAUUGUUGUUACCAGACAUGUAACCCCAUUGGCAAAAAAGAAGAGUAGUAAGCAAAGGAAUAUAACUGGGGAUUUAAUUGGAGAGGAAGUUUAUAACCAACAACGGCAUGGGAAAGAAUUUUCACACCGCAGUGAGUCACCAGCUAGAUUCCAACAAACACAAGGAGGCAGUGAAUUGCCAGAUAUGGUUCGCCAAUCUUUUGGAAAUAGCACAUUUGAAAACCACUAUCGACCAAAGUCGGGUAGACAGUCACGACAAACAGUUACCUUUGGUGGUGACUCUUUAACACCUGGUAGUACCCUACCUGGAAGCAUCACCAGUCUGAUUUACCCCCUUAAUGAGGUUGUUGAAGCACCCAGCCCACAAACACCACCCCUUGUCAGAAUUGUCCAGCAGUCACCAGAGGAGUUGAGAAUAUUGAAAAGCAGUUUGAAUUCAUGUAAUCAUAUAAAACAUGGAUACCAGGAGAGCUCAUCUGAAGAACAAAGUUGGGUGGCUUUUGUUAUCGUCCUUCAAGAUGUUCAAAACAUUAAAAGCAGUCCUCAACUGGAUGGCACAAGUAAGAAACCUGAAUAUGAGAUUCGACUCAGUCUUUUUGAUAUCACCUACAAAAGGUUCUUUGGAAAAACAUGGAAGGGGCCAAAGAAGGCAUGCAAGGGGGAAAAUACAGGAAAUCCUAAGCUACAGUAUAAUACGCCUGUUUAUUUUCACACAUCCCUGACUGACCCUAACAUAGUGUUGGUUGUUGAGGUUGUUGGUACUAUUUUCCCAAAAAGUGGAGAUGCUCAGCAAAUCAGCUGCGGGUGGGGCUUACUGAGGCCAUUUGAAGAAGAUGACAUCCCAGACACAUCUCAAGGUAAGCCAGCGCCUACUCAAAAGGUGGAUCUGAUGCAUGGUACACCAAGAGCUCUCCUCUACGUCGACGGAGACAUAGAAGACAAUCCCAGUAUGUUGCUGAUAUCAGACUGUCACCUGACCUACACUAUCAAAUCACAUCGCUACAUGGAGAAGAUCAUGCACCUGCUGCCAGAGAAUGUCAUAGUUGGCGGGAGUGACAUUGUACCAGGGGUUGCUAUUGCAGACCCUGAGACAGGUGGAGAUAAUUUCCGAAAACUGAGACCGCUUAAAAAAUUCCCAGCAACAUUGGACCGACUGCAAAUAAACCUGUACCCAACAUUGGAUAGAUUUGAAGAUGAGCUUUGCAAGUUAAUAAACAAUGAUAGAAUGGCUAGGGAUGAUUUGAAAGUUGAUUCUGGAUCAGUCGCAAUCUCUGAACGGCGCCUCCAGAUUGGGGUCCACAAUGGCUGGGGUUACGUGAAUAAGCCCCAUAUUGUGUUACUCGACACAGACGCAUUCGGUAGCAGAGGGAGUAGGUCUAGCAUGAGGAAGAGCAAGGGCAGGCCAUCAUCUGCUGGUUCAAGAGAGAGUCUUGGUGCUACAUUGGUAAUGAAGAACAAAGUUCAACUGCAAGAUCUGGUUCAAGAUCCUCUUUAUUCCAUUGUAUUUGUCCUGGAGUACAUACUCAACUUACCAAUGGGUGGUGCUCAAGAAAAAAAGCUGUCGGCUAGCUUCAAUCACAGUCAAACAAUGAAGGUGUGCUUGCGAUGGGCCUCCUGGUCACCGGUCCUCACAGAAAACCAAACAGGUGUGAUUCUACCGCUGCAAGGUGGUCCGAUUCUAAACCCUGACAACACGUUCAUGUUUAAAGUGCCUGACCCAGAUGUUGCAGAGUCUUCAAAAGCCAAUGGACAAAUUCAGUUUUUCUUCAAGUUAAAGACUCUUGCUGGGUCAAGACCUACUUCACCAAUGUCCCUGUUAUCUGACCCACUUGUCAAAGGCCAGUUGUUGGAUCCAGAGGAGGUUAGGCCAGAUCACAGAGGACAGUAUCCAUCUAUGCAAUCAUUGCGUUCACACACAACGACUGAUGGAUCAGUUGUCGGGGAAAUGCAUCCUGGAAUGUCAGCCCGACCCCCUUUACCAAGACAAGUUUCUCCUACUCCUAGAAUAAAUCGACAACAACACAUCUCAAGCACCCAGGCCUACCAACAGCAAAUGGCUUACCAGCAACAGGCAGCUCAGAUGCAGACAGCCCAAAUGCAGGCAGCCCAAAUGCAAGCAGCCCAAAUGCAAGCAUCCCAGAUGCACACAGGCCUGAGCACUGCUCCGCAGGCCUACCAACAACCUUACCAGCAAUCGUACCCAAGCAUACAGCCUAACCCAUACCAACCUAUGCAACCAAUGGAAAUAAGGCAUCUUGAGGCUAGUACGGUACUUCCAGAAAAAGCUGAACAGUUGGAGGAGCUCCCCUUCACACCAGUCCACGCCCCUAUCAUGCCCAUGGGACCAAACCAGAAAAGUGGACCAGGCCUCAGUCGUGCAGCCUAUGCCAGACUCUAUGCGGCAGGGUUUCCGGAGAUUAAGGACCGACAUGGUCAACCACCAGAGGUGGUUGAACCUGUGGACCAUGUGGCAUUCCACCCAGAGAAAGAGAAUGCUGAUCAACUACAGUGCAAUGAAAUCAUCAUCCAGAUCUUAGCAUUUGGAAGAGUGUUACAGUUCCAACAAGCUGCUUCAGGCAACACACCCAAAACAGUAUUUUUCACAUUCCAAUUCUACCGGUACCCACAAGUUACAACAGCAAGAAUGCAGCUUGGGGAUGUUGAGGGCAAGUUGUCUGUUGACCCUCAAGCGCUACCGUGUGUGCUGCGGAGGAUAUCAAAUGACAAGUCAUUGGAUAACAAACCUGGCUGGAUGAUAAAGUAUAAUGUUGAUCCUUCCUACCUGAAGUCUGGAGAAGGAAGUCUAUUCUUCAAAUACUUAUACCAACAGACUUUACACAUAGACGUCUGGGAUGGAGACUCACUGCUAUUAAUUGGGUCAUGUGCAAUAGAUCUUAAGCAUUUGCUUCGCUGUGGACGUGAAGCAGUACAGGUCAGUCAGGAGGUCAACAUCAUAACAACAGAAUACAGCGAUGACUCUCCACCAAUGACAGGCGAUCUGUCAAGAGGGGGCAGUGUCCGUGCUAUCGGAGUUCAAACAGUACUAAGAGGACGCCUUCAUCUCAGGUUAGCAAAUGUUGGCCACAUGCCAGAUGCCAAGACUUUAAAGGUUACAAGUCUUACGUUGAAGGAGAGCAAGGUCGUAGUUCAAGAGGAUGGCAGUGGGGCAUUCCUUGGAGGAAGUCUCAAUAUGGGCUCUAGAAAAGCAGGCGAAGUUAAGCAAUUUAAGAUGUCAAGGACUAUAGCAGGUCAAGGACUCGCAAGUCUACAACAGAAACGCAGUUAUCGUGCAUCUCACAUGACCGAAACAGACCGGGAGUUGGCCUCUGCACUUUUCUCACGACAAGACAUGGCUCUGCAGGAGUCAAAUCGUGAGUGCGAUGCAGUGAAGCUACGUAAGCUGGCACGAAUGAAAGCAUUAAGGCAAAUUGAAAAUACUUCAAAUGGAACAUCCAAAUCAGUUCUGCUGAAAAAAGAAGAAAGAGUUCAAAGGAAUCGUGAUCUCAAAACUAUUAUGAUGUACCGGGAUCGAACCAAGAAUGAAAACAUCUUAAACAUGCUGCAGUCAGUGAUUACUACAGAGCACACAGUUCAUCCGUCAUUUGGACAUGCACAGUUCUUUGAGUUUGUUCUUAAGAACCCAUACAAUGUUGAACACACCAUCUCAAUACAGAGCAAUGACCCAGAACUUAGUGUUAUAACAGAGCCAAGAGAAUGGCGUCAUUUUAAGCAGCUUUUUGAGACGUUCACCCCGAUGGAAGAGAACAUGUUUAACACACAAGACAAGAAAGGUGACGUCCCCGGUCUGCAGAUAUUCCUUCGACCCAAAGAAAAGGUCAAUGUUCCGUUUAAGUAUCAGAGUUUUCAAGCCGACCAUUCAGUGAAUCCACAGGGUCCAGAUGAUGAUAGUAAACCUUUCUUUAAAAUUCAAACGCCAUACCAAGAUAAGAAGGUUGACCUAACCCUACAGUCAAAGGUACUGAAAGUGUACUUCAAGACACAGGAUGAUAAAUCCAUUGCAAUCUUGUCAUUGCAUGUUGAGCCUCAGCCACAUGUCUUGGACCAAACAUUCCGAUUCAAUCAUCCGGAACAUUCAUUCCUGAAGAAGUCUAUUCGACUACCUCCAUUCCAGAAUCUACCAGGAGUUCCUGUGAGUGGACCAGGGCUUGAAAAGCUGUAUGUUAAAUGUAGUGAUGAUAAUGUCAUCUGUAAUACUAAGAAUGUGUCACCUGGGGAGCCUCAAGAUGUAUUUUUGAAAGUAGCUUGUGGAGCCUCGCCUGAAAUAAAGAAAUUCUUUGUUUUGAUAUAUUCAACGCCUUACCUCUCACGCCCUCUACAGACAUGGCAGUUUUACGUCCAUUCACUUCAGAGGGUGGAUGUGAAUUCAGUAGAAGGGCAAACCAGUAGAUUCUCUCUCAUUCUUAGAGGCACUCAAGCAUCACGCCUGGUACAGGCUUUCUCCUCACACCCUCUGGAGAUGCAAUUAGCACCGGCCGAUCCAUUCAUGCUCUUAGCCAACUCAGUCCACGAGAUAAAUGUUGGUGUUCGCCCUAUAUCUGUUGGCAGCAAGUUUAUGUACAUUAAUGUUGUUGACAACGAAUACCAUCAGCUUAUUCGCUCCUGGUUGGUAUGCGUUUCAUGCAGACUACCAAUCAUAACCAAGGCUUUUGAACUCCAGCUUCCUGUUGGAGGUGGCAAAGGUUCAAAUAAGAGGAUCACCUACACAAAUCCUUACCCACAAAAGAAGAUUUAUAACAUCCGAUGCAAUCGAGAUGAUCUACUGCAGUUCAAGGAAACAAGAAUUGAGCUUGCUGGAGGCGAAACGUGUACCUUGGGGUUGCGGUUUUCCCCUAGCCAUCAGAGCGGUAGCACCGAGAUUCUGAUUUUCAUAAACGAUGAAUUUGAUAAAAAUGAAGAGACAUUCUGUGUGAGGGCCAUCUACUCAUGAUGUCACUAAUAAAGGAGCUAAUGAUUUUGGGAUUCAUCACCUUGUCAUUCAAUUGUACCCCCACCAAGGAGGUUAUUUAUUCGCCACUAUCUGUCUGUCUGUCUGUUUGUUAGCUAGCAGGAUUAUGCUAAAACUACUGAAUGGAUUAUCUUAACAUUUAGUGGAAUGGUACAUAUUUGUCUAUGCAAGAGGUGGUAAAAUUUUAGGGUGUAAAGUUUGAUGCUAUGGAAUUCACAUUAAUAAAGUUGAUCUGGCAAAAGUUUACCAGUGGUGGUAAAUACCAGAUAUUCUCAGGGGGUUCAAGGUCCCCCACAAGUGUUCCAAAAUCCGUAAGGAGUGGUCCAAAAUUUCUGAAACUGAGGUGGUGUGCACUCUGCGAAGUGCCUGCUGUGGGUUUAUAAAUGCUAUUAAAUUUUGGUAUUUCAUUUCAUGUAGUUCAGUUGUAGCGUGGUGGUUAAGAUACUUGCCCGCUUCCAAUCCCAAGGUCCUGUGUUCAAAUCCUGCUGUCAAAUGAUUUUUUUUCCCCACUCUCUAAGCCUCAUAAUGAAGCUUAGUUUAUUAAGCACAUCUUGUGAAAGUGAUUGGAGCUUAUUCUUGUGUAAAGGGAGUGAUUUAAUUUGCUAUUAGCAAACGUUAUACAUUUAAAAUACUGUAUAAAUUAUUUGCUGCAUUUUUGAUAUAGUAAUUUCAAAAGUGUAGUACAACUUUUCAGUACCACCUAAAUAACAAACCAGUUUAACAUGUUUUGUGUUUACCAAAUAUCUUAUGAUGAAUUCAUAUGAUUUUAUUUUCCUCUGUUGUGACCACUCCAUUCCUCUGUUGUGAAUUAGCUGUAAGAUCAAAUAAACACUUGAUGGUAUUCUUUAAUUUAAAGUUAUUGUUUUAUUAUAUAAAAAUAUCAAACACUUUCCUUGCUGGUUAUUCAAGUUGAAGAAAUUCCAUUCUCAAUCCAGUACAGUAUAAUCUAGACGAUCGCCACAAGCUAUU